ACUGCGUCCAGGUUACGUUUUUCCUGCUUCGCAGCUGGCCCUGCGAUGCGUUCAGGCUCAUUCACACAGCCGGAGAGUCACCUGCUGUGCCGUCGCCGAGGACACCAAAGGGAUGGACCGACUGAGAAACAGGUCAAAUGUUGCCGGAAAAGCAGUUCCUGUGCGCCAUCUGUCAGCAGGUGUUCACCGACCCGGUCACCACGCCCUGCGGACACAACUUCUGCCGGGCCUGCAUCCGGAGCGCGUGGGACGCCAGCGAGGUCUGCCGGUGUCCCGCCUGCAACGCGCCCUUCGCCUCGCGGCCCGAAAUGGCCGUCAACGCGGCCUUCAAGGAGCUGGCGGACGCCUUCAGGCUGCUGGCGGCCCGUCCGGCGGCUCCCCCGCCGCGCUCGGCCGGACCCGGCGAGGUGGCGUGCGACGUCUGCGCCGCGACCUCCCUGCGGGUGAAGGCCCUGCAGUCCUGCCUGGUGUGCCUGACCUCGUACUGCGAAGCCCACCUGGAGCCCCACCGGAGAGUCGCCACCUUGAACCAGCACAAGCUGAUGGAGCCCGUGAGCGACCUGCAGGACAGGAUGUGCAAGAAGCACCAGAGGCUGCUGGAGAUGUUCUGCAGGGACGAGCAGAGGUGCGUGUGCCAGUUCUGCACCGAAACGGCGCACAAAGGUCACCGGGCCGUCACGGUGGAGGACGAGAGCGGGCAGAGGAAGAUGCAAAUGAAGAAGACCGUGGCGGACUUUCAGCAGAUGAUCCAGGAACGAGUGAAAAAAGUGGAGGAGAUCAAAAGCUGUCUGAAGCUCAGCAACACGGGUGCAGAGAAGGAGACGAAGGAGAGUGACCGCCUCUUCGCGUCUCUGAUUCGCUCGGUCGAGGAGAGACGAGCCGCAGCCAACGUGGAGAUCGAGGAGAAGCAGAGGGCCGCAGAGAGGAGGGCGGAGGAGCUCGUCCGCCAGCUGCUGCAGGAAAUCACAGAGCUGAAGAGGAGAUGCGCUGAGCUGGAGGAAUUGGGAGACACGGAGGACCACCUGAGCGUCUUGCAGAAGUCUCCUCCUCUCAUGUCAGCCCCUCCCACAAGAGAGUGGACGGAGAUCGCCGUGAACCCUGAACUCUGCGUGGGGACGCUGCGGGCGGCGCUGUCCAAACUGGACACGAGCCUGAAGAACGAACUGGACGGCCUGAAGACGGAAGAGAUGAAGAAGAUGCAGAAAUAUGCAGUCGACGUGGUCUUGGACCCGCACACGGCCCAUCCCAACAUCGUCCUGUCAGCCGACGGAAAGCAGGCGGGCCGCGGCGAGCUGCUGCACGUCGUCCCCGACAACCCCCAACGCUUCGACCCCGUCAUCUGCGUUCUGGCCAAGAGGGGCUUCACGUCCGGGAGGUUCUACUUCCAGGUUGCCGUGGGGACGAAGACCUUCUGGGACCUGGGCGUGGUCAAGGACUCGGUCAACAGGAAGGGGAUGAUCACCUCCAAACCGGAGAACGGCUACUGGACGGUGCGGCUGAGGGGCGGGGAGGAGUACCGCGCCUUGGACUCCCCGUCGGUCCUUCUGACCCUCGAGGCCAAGCCCCGGGUGGUGGGGGUGUUUACGGAUUUGGAGGAGGGCACCGUGUCGUUCUUCGACGUGGAGGCCAGGUCUCACGUCUACACCUUCAGCGGGUGCAUGUUCUCGGAGAGGAUCUUCCCCUUCUUCAGCCCGGGGGUCUUCGACGACGGGAAAAAUACGGCCCCAUUGGUUAUCUCAGAUGUUAGUCCUCUGUAAAGCACCCACGAGACGGAGACUUUAGGAUGAGCUGGACUGACGCAGUUUUUGAUGAGUAAGAUCUGGUCGUACAGUUCACUGAGAUCAAAAUCCCCCACAGCCCCAAUAAAAGGCAUCACAGCCUUGAAAGGUUCAACCUCGGCGUUUUAGGUUUCUAAGGAAAUGUGCUUUUCAUUUGGAAAAAGAUUCAGAUUUGGCACCAAUUGGGAUUAUGGGUCACAAUAAAACACUUGAACCACCUGAACCCCACUGAGACCUUUGAAAAAUACAAAAUAAUACAAUGAAACUGUGACAGUUACAACACACUACGUUAGCAUUACUUAGAGAACGUCGUAUUUAUGAUCAGAGCUUACAAAGGUAACGAGAAAAAGUUCUAGCAUGUUUCACUCACUGGUGAUUUGUUUGUGAAAUAAAGAAACUCAUUUUACUCUGAA